AUGCCUUCGGUCGUCCUUUCUCUUGCUUUCCUGGCCGGCAGCGCCAUCGCUCAGCAGAGCGUUUGGGGACAAUGCGGCGGCAUCGGAUACAGCGGACCGACAAGCUGCGUGAGUGGGAGCUGCUGCGUCACGCUGAACGCCUACUAUGCGCAAUGUACUCCGGGGACAGGCUGUGGCGGCGGUGGUAGCGGCACGACAUUGACCACUAAGACCACGACCACAACCGCAACCGCCACGCCGACCGGCGGCGGCGGCGUCGGCAGCGGCAAGACCCGGUUCGCCGGCGUUAACAUUGCCGGCUUUGACUUCGGGUGCGGGACGGACGGCACCUGCAACACCGCAAAGGUGUACCCGCCGGUGAAGAACUACCCGCCCGACUACAAUCACCCCGACGGCGCCGGCCAGAUGCAGCACUUCUACCGGGACGACAACAUGAACAUCUUCCGCCUGCCCGUCGGCUGGCAGUACCUGGUCAACAACAACCUCGGCGGCAGCCUGGACAGCACCAACUUCGGCUACUACGACCAGCUCGUCCAGGCGUGCCUCAGCACGGGCGCGUACUGCAUCAUCGACAUCCACAACUACGCGCGCUGGAACGGCGCCAUCAUCGGCCAGGGCGGCCCGACAAACGAGCAGUUCGCCGACCUCUGGCGGCAGAUCGCGACCAAGUACGCGAACCAGCCGCGCAUCUGGUUCGGCAUCAUGAACGAGCCGCACGACGUGCCCAACAUCAGCACGUGGGCUGCCACGGUGCAGGCGGCGGUGACGGCGAUCCGCAACGCGGGCGCGACCAGCCAGUUCAUCUCGCUGCCGGGCAACGACUGGCAGUCGGCGGCGGCCUUCAUCAGCGACGGCAGCGCGGCGGCGCUGUCGGCCGUCAAGAACCCGGACGGCUCGACCACCAACCUCAUCUUCGACGUGCACAAGUACCUCGACUCGGACAACUCGGGCACCCACACCGAGUGCGUCACCAACAACAUCGACUCCGCCUUCGCCCCGCUCGCCACCUGGCUGCGCCAGAACAACAGGCAGGCCAUCCUCACCGAGACCGGCGGCGGCAACACGGCGUCGUGCCAGACCUACGUGUGCCAGCAGCUUGCCUACUUGAACCAAAACUCGGAUGUCUACCUUGGCUACGUCGGCUGGGCUGCCGGCUCGUUCGACUCGACCUACGAGCUGGACCUGACGCCCACUCAGAACGGCAACUCGUGGACUGAUACCGCCCUGGCCAAGGCUUGCUUUGCGCGUUAA